AUGUCCCAGACUAGGGAGACCUUCAUAAAGUUACAUCAUACAGAACAUGCUAACACCGAUUAUGAAAUUAUUAGUGAUCCAGUUCAUUCUAGGCCGGAGCCACCCACUCUACCAGAGACAAAUUAUCAAUUACGAAGGACAGCAGGUAAUGUCAUUGUCAAGCUCCUUAUUCUUUAUCAGCAUCAUAUGAUAACACCAUUUCCUGCUUGUUAUGGUAGUGGCCUGGGUGAGGUUGCGUUAGAGGUGCCCCUUGCAGUAAUUGGCCAGCCAUUGCCUUGCGAAUCAUUGGAGUUACUUCUGCCUCACUAUUGCCCGAAAUGUAGCGCAAAAAAGUUUGCAUAUGAGUCGCUGCAUUUCUGUUGGGGUGAUGGAGAAGUGGAGCUAGCUUCCAGUGACUAUCCACCUGAACUUGUAAGGCUAUUCACUUCUCAAGAUGAAGAUGCCUUGCAUUUCAGGAAAUAUGCACGACUUUAUAACAACCUGUUUGCCUUUAGUUCGCUUGGCGGGGCAAAUUAUGCAAAGACUCAUAAGGGAAUAUAUGUCUUUAAAUUGCAUGGCCAAAUUUAUCACUAUAUUCCUGAUUUACUCCCUGAUAAUGACAAUCCUAAAUAUCUACAACUUUAUUUUUAUGAUGCACAACAUGAAGCUGAAAAUCGAUUAUGCUGUUUCCCAGAGUUGAGAGAAGACAUAAUUAACAUCCUGAUGAAUAUUACUCAAAAGAAUCCAUAUGCCAGAUUUUUUCGCUCCCUAAAAGAAAUUGAAAUCAAUGACAAUACACAGAUAGUGGUGAAUAAGCAUACAAUACCUGAUCCAAGUGUUUAUAAUGCUCCUACAUCUGAUGAGGUUGCUGUCAUUUUGCCUGAUGCCACAUCAUCGAGUGAAUCUAGCAGUCCACACAUACUUGUGUCCGGUAAAUCUAACGAGUCACAUAGGAUCAUGCAUUAUUAUGGUUGUUAUGACCCGCUUCAGUAUCCACUUUUAUUUCCAUGUGGUGAUUGCGGGUGGAACCAGGGCCUAAAAAGAAUGUCUACAGGCGGUCAGAGGCAGCUAAGUGUACAGCAAGACCCAAUCAUGUCUUGUGCUGUGCACACUGCUGAAGACUUGCUAUCACAUGAGGCCUUAUGUGCAACUGAGAGCCGUCCGAAGGCAGACAAGCAUAUCUCUUGCAGGGAGUAUUAUUCGUAUAAACUCCAAAGUCGUCCUAAUAAUUUGCUUCUUAGAGCCGAUCUUUACCAAGGAAUAUUGGACACUGUGGAGAGCGGAGAAAAUAAUGCAGCUAAUGUGGGGCGUCGUGUUGUCCUCCCACCGACUUUUAUCGGGGGUCCUCGAGAUCUAAAAAAGAGAUAUUUAAAUGUCAUGGCGCUUGUUCAGCGGUAUAGAAAACCUGACUUGUUUGUCACAAUGACGUGUAAUGUGAACUGGCCUGAAAUUAAGCAAGAGUUUGCUGUAGGAGAAGAAGCACAGAAUCGCCCGGAUUUGGUUUCAAGGAUUUUCCGAGCAAAAUUGUUGGCCCUCAAGAAACAAAUUAUGGAAAAGCAUGUAUUUGGUGAAGUUGCUGCGAUGAUCUAUGUUGUCGAGUUUCAAAAACGGGGUCUUCCCCAUGCACAUUUUCUCAUCAUUCUGAAGCCUGCUUUCAAGAUUAAGUCUCCUGCUGACUAUGACCGAUUCGGAUCUGCGAACCAUUGUAAAUACGGGUAUCCAAAGAAGUUUUGUGUUGAGACGACCAACAGUCUUGAUGGUUAUCCGUUUUAUCGAAGACGGGACACUGGCGAAACAUUUCCUAUUUGUAGGGCAGCUCUGGAUAAUAGAUGGGAUGGUGAGCAACGGCCUGUUGAUGAAAUCGAUCAGUACCAGUCUGACAGGUGGGUUUCGCCCUGUGAAGCUGCUUGGAGAAUUUUUGGUUUUGACCUAUAUGAAAUGCACCCAGCUGUUUUGCCGCUUCAGAUUCACUUGCCUAACAUGCAAAAAAUUCAAAUCAGGCCUUAUGAGCACCUCGAUGCUGUCCUUGCAAAUGAAAAAAGGUCUCGUACUCCUUUGACUGAGUUUUUCAAAGCAAAUGCUGCAACACCUGAUGGCACCGGCUUUCUGUACGGUCAGUUCACAGAAAAAUGCAGGUGGGAUACUUCUGCAAAAGAAUGGCUGCAGAGGAAAAACAAAACCGUGGUUGUUGGUAGGCUAGCUUUUGUUGCUCCAGCAGAAGGGGAACGCUAUUUUCUGAGGUUGUUUCUCGUGCAUGUGCGUAGCCCUAAAUCGUUUGAAGAUCUCUUAACAGUGGAUGGUUAUAGAUGUGCGACUUUUCAGGAAGCAGCCCUUAAACGAGGACUACUUGAGGAGGAUGAUGUUGUUGACCUUUGCCUAGCUGAGGCAUGUGAGGUCAAAAUGCCCGCUGCAUUGCGCCGAUUAUUUACGACAAUCCUCAUUUUCUGCCAACCAAGUGACCCAAAUGCAAUGUGGCUGAAAUACUACGCCGCUCUCUCUGAGGAUUAUAAACACCAGUUUCCAGAUUCAGAGUCUAAGGUUAAGCAACUUACGGCAAGAUCAGUUGAGCAAUAUUUAGAAGCAAUGGGGAAAUCGCUAAAGGCUUUUGGCCUUGAACAUUUGAACGAGGCUCAGGAUGCCGAGAUUACAAGAACGAAAGACAUACUUUAUGCACUUGAUGCGCCAAUUCCUGACCAUUGCAUUACUUGUCGUGGUAGUUUAAACCCAGCACAACAACUUGCCUUUGAUUGUAUCAUCGACCAUGUCAAGCAAAAAAAACAUGGUGCAUUUUUUAUAGAUGGCCCUGGUGGAACGGGGAAAACGUUCUUGUAUAAUGCGUUAUAUGCAGAGGUUUGCUUGAUGGAUAAAAUUGUCCUUGCAACUGCUACCUCAGGUAAUGCCGCAGCCAACAUACCAUUUGGGAGGACCGCACACUCGAGGUUCAAGAUACCAAUUGAUAUUGAUGCUUCCUUGGCUUGCGACGUUCCAAAGCAGGGUAGCUUAGCUGCAUUGAUACAAGAGACAACUUUGAUCAUAUGGGAUGAGGCCUCGAUGGAAAGGAAAGAAAAUGUUGAAUCCCUCGAUCUGCUCCUCCGGGAUUUGUGUGAUGAAAAGUUGCUCUUUAGCGGUAAACUCAUAGUUUUUGGUGGAGACGUUCGCCAAGUUCUUCCUGUCGUUCCACGUCAGAAACAACGAGAAGCAGUAGCUUUGCAGACCGUCAACAACAACUUUGUUCAGUUGCCGAGCAAGGUUGUUAGGCAUGUGGAGGAUGGCACCGAUCCCAUAACUGAACUAACUACGCUUAUAUUCCCCGAGUUUGAUUCAAACAGCUUCAGUUCAGAUAUAUUUACAACAAGAGAAAUACUUACUCCAAUGAAUGAUGAUGUUGACACCAUCAACACAUAUCUUAUUCAACAGUUCCCGGGUCAGGCUGUGGUGUAUAAAAGCUUUGACACGAUGCUUGAUGACAACUGUAAUGUCUAUCCCACAGAAUUCAUAAACACAUUAUGUCCUGGUGGGAUGAGUCCUCAUGAGCUCAUCUUGAAGGAGGGCAGUCCAGUUAUUUUACUACGAAAUCUACUGCCAUCCUCCGGCCUCUGCAAUGGUACGAGGAUGAUAUGUAAGAGGUUCUUCCCCAACCUAAUUGAGUGUGUCAUAAUAACUGGACAUCAUAAAGGAAAACAUGUUUUCAUUCCACGCAUUAAGCUAAGGCCAGCUGCUUCCUCAAAAUAUCCAAUUCUCUUUCAGAGGAAACAAUUUCCUAUCAAGCUUAGCUUUGCAAUGACAAUCAACAAGUCUCAAGGGCAGACAUUAAGUCAAGUUGCAAUUUACCUUCCCCAGCCAUGUUUUUCACAUGGGCAGCUUUGCGCUGUUUCAUUUUUCCUGAUAGUUGCUGCUCAACAAUAUUUACAUUCUAAGUGUACUGGAGUAUUUCAAGUUGCUAAGUGGAAUGGUACCAAGGUUGUUGUAAAGAUACUUGAUAAGGACACUAUCUAUGCUGUUUAUGGAAGACUAAGACAGAACAAGAAACUGCAGUUACUUGGUUACAAGCAACAAAGUAUUGUGUAUAUACUAACAACACCCGAGAUCUACAAAGAGGAAAUAUUUGACAAGAGAGUGGAUGCAUAUUCUUUUGCUGUUAUUCUACUUGAUACCAAUGCAGAGGAAAUGAGUUAA